AUGGCUUCUCUUCUCUUUCCCGCCAUUUCCCUUUCUCCUAUUCCCGCUAAAACUGAAGCUCAUAUCUUUUCAUUUGACCGUUGUCGCACCGACUGCUAUCGUCUACCGACCUAUGCCUUCCACCGACGGUGUCUGAAACUCGGGCUUCGCGUGUCGAGUCUGAACCUUCCCCAAAUUACGGCGGAAUCAUCUGCGACAAAAAGCCCUAUGGUUCCUCCUUAUAAUGUAUUGAUCACUGGGUCUACUAAAGGAAUAGGAUAUGCGCUUGUUAAAGAGUUUCUAAAAGCAGGUGACAAUGUUUUAAUCUGCUCAAGAUCAGGUCAACGGGUGGAGUCAGCAGUUCAAAAUUUGAGACAAGAGUUCGGGGAGCAGCAUGUGUGGGGUACUACAUGUGAUGUUAGAGAAGGGAACGAUGUCAAGGAUUUAGUUGCAUUUGCCCGUGACAAGCUCAAAUACAUUGAUAUAUGGAUUAAUAAUGCAGGAUCAAAUGCAUACAGCUUUAAACCAUUGUCAGAAACUUCAGAUGAAGAUCUUAUAGAAGUUGUUACAACAAACACACUUGGUCUAAUGAUAUGUUGCCGAGAGGCAAUAAAGAUGAUGUUGAACCAGCCUCGAGGAGGUCAUAUUUUCAACAUUGAUGGAGCUGGUUCAGAUGGAAGACCAACUCCAAGAUUUGCUGCAUAUGGGGCAACAAAACGCAGUGUAGUUCACUUGACAAAGUCAUUACAGGCUGAAUUACAGAUGCAAGAUGUUAAAAAUGUUGUGGUGCAUAACCUGUCGCCUGGUAUGGUUACAACUGAUCUUCUCAUGUCUGGGGCCACUUCAAAGCAGGCCAAAUUUUUCAUUAAUGUUUUAGCAGAACCAGCGGAAGUGGUUGCAGAAUAUCUCGUUCCAAGCAUCAGAUCCAUCCCAAGCAAUGGUUCCAUGAAACCAACCUACAUUCGUUUUCUUACUGGAUUGAAGGCCUACUCCCAGAUAUUUUCAAGAUUUGCUUUUGGUGCCAGAAGAAACAGAUACCUGCUUGAAGAUUGAAAUAUUGUAAGUUAUAUGUGUUUUUGUGUUGUAAUUUUUAUGAUUAUAUUGUAACUUUAUUUUCUUAUUAAUUAAAUAUUUUUUCUUAAAAUUAUUUGUUUUUGCU